AUGUUUAUCUUAUCGGUGAUUGCUACAUUAUUCGUCGCUGUUAUUGUAGAUAGCUUAAUACUGUACUAUCCUGUUUAUCCGAAUUAUGUUAUGCCCAAGUAUCUGCGGAAUUUCGAAAGGAAUGCUCCACCGAGAGUUUUUGCUAAAAAUACGGACAUACCACCUUCCGGUAUAGUGUUUCUCAGGAAAAACUUACAGGAUAGCUUCCUUAAUUUUCCAGCUCGAUCAAAUUUGGAAGAGCGAAACAAUCGACUGAAACUUCAUUCAGAUCGAAGGCAGCAAAAAUUGGAAGCGAUUAAUAAACCUGAUGUUUCUGUAAACAACAGUAACGCAUUAGUGGUAUCUCUGCUUCCGGUUGAAUCAUUACAAAUUGAAGUUAGCACAACCUUACCACAGAUGAGCUUGCAAUCAAAGAAUACGCCGACUCGAUUUUACGCUAUUUUCGAUUCCAAAUCGAAGCAAUUCGUGACAAGUAAUGAGCCAGAAUUGUCCAGAUGGAACGAAAAUGAUAAUGAAGCAGCAUCGAUAUCAAAGCCAUAUCAUGAGGGAACUGCGCAACUAAUCUCAUCUGAAAAUGAUACAACAGUUGCAUUGUUUAACCAGCUCACUGAGGAACUAGGCACCAGAUCGUCGACUCCGUUUGAGUCAGAUCAAAAGGUGGAAUCUAUCAUUUCGAAAAUACCGGAUAUCAAGAUUUCAAAUCGGCUUAGGUCGAAGUUUAAAAUAUCUGUAAUUGAUAGUAAUGCAAUUGUCAAACCACUAAAACUUUUGCUCUGCGACAUUAGCAUAAAAUGA